UGUGUCAGCCAAAUUCCCUCUCACGAGCCGGGACGUCAUCUGCGUCCCUCCCUCUCCGUUAUCCCCUCACUCCUCCCUCUGUCUGUCCCUCCAUUCUCUCGGCCCGCUCCCCAGACGGCCCGACCUGCACCUCCGCGCCGCACGCCCUCACAGACCCCGCCGACUCCGCACACAGCAGGGGGAGCGAGUUAGCGGAGACACCACCGCGAAAGACGGAAAAGCCUGAACGGCCGAUGGGAGAAAAAGCACGGCAGCAUCUCACUAACCUUUAAACCCGCUUUCUGGCUUCCAUACAUCCACCUUCCCCCAAAAGGAAAACUCCCUUAGUAGCUAUGGGAAGAUGCGAGAAUUAGCAUCUGGACUAGCGGCGCUUUUCUGACUACAAGCAGCGGCUGGAACGCUAAAGGGGACCGUUACAUUAUAGCUGCCAACCAGGGACCCGGACGACGCUGUGGAAGUACCCGUAACCCGGACUUUUAGACCGAAAAGCAACAUUUAAGGUGUCCCGACAGGAGAAAGUGCUAAAGAUGCUGUCAGAGCUGAGCGAGUGGUUCUGGCAGGAGCGGCUGUGGUUUCCAGAGGGUCUGGGCUGGGCGGACCUGGAGGACCGGGAUGGACGGGUUUACGCGAAACCCAGCGAUUUAUGGGUGGCACUUCCCAUCACCCUGGUAUUCCUUAUUGUCCGUCAGAUCUUUGAAAGGACGGUGGCGACCCCUUUAGCGUUUCUUCUCGGGGUGAAAGAGACGGUGCGGCUCAAAGCUCCACACAACCCCACACUGGAGUGCUACUACUGUAACGUCAGCAAAACCCCAAGUCAGUCUUCUAUAGGGAGCCUGUGCAAGCAGACCGGCUCCUCGGAGCGGCAGAUCCAGCGAUGGUUCAGGCGACGGAGGAACCAGGACCGGCCGAGCUUAUUGAAAAAGUUUCGAGAGGCCAGUUGGAGAUUUACCUUUUACCUUCUUGCUUUCAUUGCUGGCCUGGCAGCUCUUAUUGAUAAACCAUGGCUGUAUGAUGUGAAGGAGAUGUGGGAAGGCUUUCCGGUGCUGACUCUCCUCCCAUCCCAGUACUGGUACUACAUGAUAGAGCUGGGGUUCUACGGUUCUUUACUCGUCAGUGUGGCCUCGGACGUAAAGCGUAAAGACUUUAAGGAGCAGAUUGUUCAUCAUGUAGCCACCAUCCUCCUCAUCAGUUUCUCCUGGUGUGUGAACUACAUCCGUGCUGGGACUCUCAUCAUGCUGGUGCACGACUCCUCCGAUUAUUUCCUCGAGUCUGCAAAGAUGUUCAACUAUGCUGGAUGGAGAAAUGCCUGCAACUACAUCUUCAUCAUGUUUGCUGCAGCCUUCAUCAUCACUCGCCUCAUUAUCUUUCCAUUCUGGAUUAUUUACUGUACGUGGGUGUACCCGGUGACCAUCUACAAACCCUUCUUCGGUUACUACUUCUUCAACGGACUGCUGAUGACUCUGCAGUGCCUCCAUAUCUUCUGGGCCAUCCUCAUCAUUCGCAUAGCGAUCCGCUUCCUCACUAACAAUGAAAAAGUGGACGAUGAAAGAAGUGACAAAGACGAAACCGACGAAUCGGAAGAGGAGGAAGAGGAGGUGAAGGAUAAAAACCACUCUAGGAAAAAUGGACCCAUGCAGAACGGUCACACAAUUCACAACAACAACCACCGCAAGACGGAGUGAGGCGCAAACAGGAAGGAAGGAAGGAAGGAAGAAUGGACUCAUAUCCCUCAACGAGAGCUCUGCAAGAGAGGAAUGGGAAAUGAAGAAGGGAUGUAGGUGGAGUGAGGGGGCGAGUAUUCCCUAAAAAUUAAAAGCAGCAGCAGGUAUUUUAGGAAAAAUUGACACUGUUACUUGUUCACACAUAUGUAUAAAUACUCAGUAGUUCUUUAGAGGGCACAGAGAUCCAGCAGAUGACACUACACUAACAAGCAUGACUUGAUGGGUCAUUGCUGUUGUCUUAACUUAAACCCCCCAAAAUUUCACUGCUGAGAAAAUGGAAAGGAGGAAAUAGGAAAAGGAGUGAUGCUGCUUCCACUUCAGCUUCCCCGUUUUAGCUGUGUGCCUUAGAGAGCCGGCUGAUGGCUGCUACGAAAUCAUUUAAGAAAAAAAAAAGCGCCUCGCUUUAAAACUCUAAUGCUUUAUUCUUUUUAAUGUCUGUUUGUUUGUACAGAGAGAACAAAAACGCAUUUUUGUGAAAGUAAGUGACACCGCAGGGCAUUUCCUUUCUAAUUUGUUUUAUUUUUUUGCCGUCUAUGCAACCAUGUAACCCGUUGGCCGUUGAAACAUUUUUGCACAACACAUGAAGUUGCAGCACGACUGAGUGACUCCGCUCUCUCAUGUGAAGCCAUUUAGGAAAAUUUAGUUUAGUCAAAUUCCUUCUGUUGGGUUUAAUGGAAAGCUAAUUUUUAGCAUUGUUUAGCCAUCGUGCUUCAGACUCACCUGAAAAGUGAUGACUCGGCUUGAUUUAAGUAGGAUUUUCUGUUGGAGUUUAGCCAAUAAAAUGGGCCAAACCUUCUGGAGUUCACUGCCAAAUAUCUGAAAAUGAAAGAGUGAUUUUAUGGAUGAGUGAGUUUACAGGAAGAAUCCUAAAUGAUGUUGUGAGAUUUUUUAUUUUUUUUAUGUAAAAACUCCUGAACUGAUGAAUGCUCCAGGGUUGUUCUCAUGCUUUUAUGUAAUUGUAUGUUAAGUGCCUUAUCUGUGAUGAGUCCAGAGCGCUCCUGUCAUUCUCUCCUUUCCUUUUCUCCCCGCACACCUUAGAGCUUUAACUUCAGGAGCGUCAUCCCUCCCCACUCGUCCCGACUGAAGAACGGCCAUGUUUUUCUAGCUCACUUUCAUUCCACUACGACAUUCUGUGUUAUUAACUCUGACCAACAGCAGCCUUCCCAUCCCCACUGAUAAACAAAACAGCUCUGUCCUAAUGACAGUGUUAAAUUUUUAUAUUAUUGUUAUUAUUUUUUUUUGGUUUGUUUCUUAAAUGAUGCCUAAGUAUUGUUAUUAAUGAUAAAGGCUCAUGAAUCACCAGGAAAA